AUGAUCAAAAGACCUUUGGACACACUCCCGGCCGAGACCCUCAUCAGUAUCGCGGGGUACCUCGAUGGCGUUCAACUGCCAGAUCUCUCGUCCUUCGCCCUCACGAGCAGAGCUUGCAACGCUGCCGCCUCGUGCUACUUGUUUCGCGAUAUUCAUAUCCGAAUCAAACACCCUCGGAAGCUACAGCGAGACGUCGCAAAGUGGCUCAAUGUGCUGCAACGCACGGAUGCUUCACGACAUGUCCGGCGCCUGGUGAUGACCUUCGAGGACAGGACGCUCCAUCACAGUGAUCUGUAUUCGCCUGACCGGUUGCGUCUGACAGCCGAGACGGUUGACAGUCUCAGCUACGCUAAGCGAAUGUUGCCGAAGAACCGCCGUCUUCGCGAUGUCUUCGUAGACCCGGAGGCAUGGGCUCCCAUGGUCCAACUGCUGAAGGCCCUGGUCCGGUUGACCAAUAUGGUCAUCGAGCACGAGAGCAGCUUUUCACCCUUCCUCCUGGAAGCAAUUGGGACCCAGCACACAAAAUGCCUACUGGAUCUCAGAUGCUUUGACCUUCACUGCAUUGAAGGUGCUCCUCUCAACCCAUACGACGUUGCUCUGCUCCUGUCGCCCCAGUUACACAGCGUCUCGAUCAAAGAAUACUUUCAGUCAUUUACCGGCCACACAAAUGAAUCAGUCGUGUUCAAACUCGUCAAAGGUCUAUCGCCGAGCCUCAGGAAGGUGGAGCUAGAACCGGUCUUCGGGGCCCGGUAUCAUCGGAGAUGCAACCCGGAAUUCGAGAGCCAGUUGCAAUCUGCAAUAGCACAAGCCAUGGAAGUAAACCUCAAAUACUGGAAAAACUCGGCGAGGAACAUGUACGAAUCCAAACUUGGCUCAAUACCUUUCUUGUCCAUGCAGAGGACUAGCCCGGAGAGAGUACAAUCGUGGGUCGAAACCACGGACUUUGCACUCCUGCGCCAUCUGAGGCUGAACGCGGGGUCGAGAGAGCUGCGUUGGCUUGCGAAACACGCCAAAUUUCGCUGCCUCGGCAGCCUGGAGCUGCACAACAGCGGCUACAUCAGCGCUCCUUCGGAUACGGAAGGCUUUGACGAUCUGGAGAAUGCCGCUGUAGAUUUCCUAGCCGUCAUCCCCGCGUUGACAACGCUGUCACUCGGAGCCCAGCUGACUUUGCCAAUGCUCCAAUUCGCAGUCUCUCGAUUUGGAAAAACACUGCGAAAACUGAAGCUUCGGCCGACCGGAAGCGGGUUCUUACCGGAGGAAGAUAUCAAAAUUCAUGCGGAACACAUCGGCCUGAUUUCUGAGGCGUGUCCUUUGCUGGAAGACCUGACGAUCACGGUGGCCGUUCCUUCAUUCCGUUCACAAUCGGCGGAGCUGACGGGGAUGUGCCAGGGCAUCGGACAAAUUCGCCGUCUACGGAAUCUUUACCUGACCCUCCGUUCGACGACAGAAGAAGACCCGACGAAGUUGAGCUUACGAAGGAGGCCUCGGAUCGACCGCAGUGGGCGAUUCCUGUCGCCAACCUUCCCGACGGAGGAACUCACAGACACAUUUGUGAGGGCGGCCUGGAACACGAUCUGUGAGCGGGGCUCUCGCUUAGAGUCGAUGCAGAUGGAUACUCUAUAUCGGUGGGGCGGCACGCGCAAGUCGGAAAGGGUUUUCCAGGUGCGCAGAGUUGGGGCCGCAGGUGAGGAGGCUGUAGCGGAAACGCUUUAUCGACGGAAUGGCAUAUUGAGGUGGCGAGAAUGA